GUCAAUGCAUAUUGAUGUCUGACGUAUAAAUACCGUGGUCGGAUGAGAGAUCAGAGUCGCCAUCGCCAGCACUUGGCAUAGUCUUGGUGGGCGUCCCAAAAUCAGACGCUGGUAGCCCGAGAAGCGGAGACGAAAAUGGUCGGUGCCCCUGAGAAGGACCCUAGAGAGGAAGUUAUCCAAGCAUGGUACAUGGAUGAUAGUGAUGAAGACCAAAGACUCCCUCAUCACCGUGAGCCCAAGCAGUUUCUUUCACUUGAGCAACUUGCUGAACUUGGAGUACUUAGCUGGAGGCUGGAUGCAGACAACUAUGAAACAGAUGAAGAGCUAAAGAAAAUUCGUGAGGAGCGUGGAUACUCUUACAUGGACUUCUGUGAAGUUUGCCCAGAGAAACUCCCCAAUUAUGAGGAAAAGAUCAAGAACUUCUUUGAAGAGCAUCUUCACACUGAUGAGGAGAUCCGCUACUGUGUUGCAGGGAGUGGCUACUUUGAUGUCAGGGAUCGCAAUGAUCAGUGGAUUCGUGUAUGGGUGAAGAAGGGUGGGAUGAUUGUAUUGCCUGCAGGAAUCUAUCACCGGUUCACUUUAGAUAGUGACAAUUAUAUCAAGGCAAUGCGUUUGUUUGUCGGUGAUCCAAUUUGGACCCCGUUCAACCGCCCUCACGACCACCUACCUGCAAGGAAGGAAUAUCUUGAGACUUUCGGGAAAACUCAAGUCGGGAACCAUGCGGUUGAUGCUGCAGCUUGAGAAUAUCACAUAGUACCAUAUGUGUUAUACUGUUGUGCUACAGUUUAUAUGAAUGCUGUUUACUGAAUGCUGUCUUUUGUGGCUUGCUUCUCCAGUCUCAACCUAAUAAUGUAAUUAUGCAAAUUCCGCUUAGAGUCGGGCAUCCCCUGGAAAUAAUAUAUACUUUUACGGAGGUCUGUAUGUCUAUAUUGUCCGUUUGCUUGUCCAUCUACUGUCUUCGGGUUGGUUCUGGGAUGUUCCAUCGGACUGCAUAAAAGAGAUCACUGCCAUUUGUUUAGCAUGGAAUAGAGCUGGGAAGAGCAUUUCAUUUGAGCUUCUUGAGAAUGAAAAAGCUAUAUUUGGAUCUUGCUUGCU